UAAUGGGCGCGUAAGAGUCAUACUUUUUGGUAUAACGAGGCUACCGUACACGCUUUCAGUUCCGUCAUGUGACGGAGGUAAAAAAUGUCAACAUCACUCUGCGCUGUAUUGCCACAAUAACAAAUGAGCACCAUAACGUGGCGUUUCUUUGUGCGCCAAAAUUAAUAUGCUCUACUAUAAGUAACACCUUGAUGUUAGCAAUCCGGCUGUCGGCUGUCAUUGCACAGGAUGGCUGCACCUCAGACGGGCCACUCUCCUCUCGUACAUAGCUUGGCCACGCUUCUCCGAAAUAACGGUGACGUGGUGCUGGACGGCAGCAGCACGCUGACCCUGCCUGCCUCCACCUUGCAGCAGCUCACAAGGCUGUUUGAGCAGUACUUGCUAUCCCGGAGCCAGCAACACGGGUUCCUCGCACUGCCCUCCCACCCAGCUGACACCGCUUCCCUGCUGCAGCUGCAGUUCCUGUUUGACAUCCUGCAGAAGACCGUUUCCCUCAAGCUCAUCAACCCGCUGGGUGUGAGGCUCGAGUCUGUGUUAAAAAUUUUCCCUUUCAAGUCUCUGAAGUGUUUGGAGCUGAAGAGAAUCCCCCCUCACUGUCUCGAGGGACUCAGAGGAAUUUACUCCCAGCUGGAGGUUUUUACCUGCUCAAAGAGCCUCAGUUCCUUGGAGGAGCUGCUCUCUCUGUGUGGAGGUGAUCUGAGCUCAGCGCUACCGUGGCUUGAACUUCACACCCUGAACUUCAGCUACAACUCCAUAGUUUGCCUUGACCAGUCACUGAGUUUACUGAAUGUCCUGAAGUCUUUGGAUCUAAGCCAUAACAAGAUUCAGGAGUGUGCUGAAUUCCUAAAGGCUCUGACUGAGCUGGAACACUUGAACCUGGGUUACAACUGCCUGCAGAGGGCGCCAACACUCGGUCUGAGUGCUAGGGCCAAGCUGGUCACACUCAUCCUCAGGAACAACGAACUGGAAACCAUCAACGGCGUGGAACAGUUGUCUUCUCUCCAGCAUUUAGACCUGGCCUACAACAUCCUGCUGGAGCAUUCCCAGCUGGCUCCUCUCUCCCUGCUGCACUGCCUCAACACAUUGAAUCUGGAGGGAAACCCACUGUACUUCCAGAAGACCCACCGCACCUCCACGGUCAGACACCUCUCGCCAAAAGCUGCCAACACCAGACUCAAACUCGAUGGCACCCUACUGUCCUCAUCUGAAAUAUCAGUUCUGCCAAAACCAGGGCAGCUGAUGGUCCAGGUGCAGACUUUGCCUUCAGGUUACACCAUGCCUGCAGAACACAGUUACCAGGAAGCAUCUAGUGGGGUGGGGGAGCUAAGUGACAGCCUGUCCGUCGGUGAAGCGGUUGUCUCAAACCUUCGCAGAAGGAAAAAUAGGAGUAAGGUGAAAGUGCGGAGGGCCAGUAUAUCCGAACCCAGUGAUACUGAUUAUGAGUCCAGACCCUUGUCCUCCACACAGGGCAUCGUCCUUCAGCACCAGCAGGAGAUUGAACGCAUGUCCAGCUUCAGGGAACAACUUGGAGAAGACUGGCUAAGAUAUGAACACCAUCUAGAUGGAGCUUCACCCUUAACGCUCACCACCACUGUUAACCAGCAAACCUCCUGCUCUCAAACCCUCUCCAACGGCCUCACCACCACCACCAUCACUGCUACCACUACAUCUAUCCCACAGCAGCAGCCAUCGCCGCCGUCUUCCCACAAGGUCCCGGAAGUCCUCCCACCACCUAUUCUUUCCUCCGAACCCAGAAAUGAGGCCUCUGACGUGGAUGCAGACCUGGAAAUGGAGUCCACCUUGCAAGGUGGUCAGACCCCUCAGCUGACAGAGUCCACCUUGGAUAACAGCAUGGUAGAUGGACUGGUGAUGAGCCAGGGAGUAGUGAGUUCACCUCAGCCAAGUCCAGAGAGCCACAGGUCUGCUAGAGCAGCGAGUGGGGAGACCAAUCAUGAAGAAGAAGAGGACUUAGGAGUGGACCUUUGUCACCCUCUGCUUGUUGGUGUCUUAUCUGACAAAGAGGAGGGGCUUGGUGAAGGUCAGGGACAGAGGAAGGGAAGAAGGGAGGUGUUCUUGUGCAUCAAAAAGGGCUUAGUGCUUGAGAUGGACAUGCAGUGUGGCCAGGAGAGAUGUCGUCUGGAGCUGGAUAGCCUGGCUAAGGUGGAAACAACUGAGGCUGCGUGGACCCGAGGGGAUUUAGAAAAUCAGUUUCCAGCUGUAGAACUUUACUUUGACUACAUCAGCAAGGACAAACGGAGGAGACGCUACGUCCUGUUAGAUGAUGACCCUCAGCAAGCACUGCAGACUCUGACUGACAUACUGUCUAAUGUGGUGGAGGAAAACCAACGCCGGGUUUCUGAGCUCUGUCACAGCUGCAUUUGCCUGCAGUGCCUUCGCUGCAGGUCAGAAUUCACUCUUCAGGGAGGGGACGAUGAAGAGGAAACCGGUGAACGAACAACGAGGAGGAGAGGAGCUGUGAUGCUAUCAGAAGGUGUGCAGGAACAGGACGGGGAGGAGCUGAUAGAGGCACAGUGGGCCAGCAAAGGAAAAAGUCAGAUUUGUCCAGAAUGUGGUAGUGACCAUGUUGUCCAAGUGGCUGUUCAAACGUCUCCCUACAGCAGUACACCCAUCCAGCGUUCAUUCAGGGCCGACAGUGACGAUGACCAUCGGGACAUAACUGUGAGCAUGCAAAGUGCUAAUAAGGAUGAUUACACAGAUGCUAGUAACAGCAGCAGUCCCAUCCCAGAAGCUGUUACCGCAGCAGAAGAGUCCAUGUUUGUCACUGCCCAAGGAAGCUCUUUCUUCAUUGGAGAUAGUCCAAGUCAGACCAGUCGCCUUUCCUGCAACUCAGUGUGCCAAAGUAGAGAGGACCUAGCAGGCAGCUACCACUACACCACUACUGGUGCUACACCACCUCAAGUGCAAGCACAGCCUGCAGAAAGGUCCACCUCUAAUGAUGAUUUGGAUCUUCUGUCUGAGGAUUACGAGGUGGUGGACCAUCGGCUCAAGCUUUUCCUGGAUGUAGAAGUCUUUGAGGAAGAAGAAGAACUUCAUUCUUUCCUUAAGAUGUCAGCUGUCAAAUUUGGAGAACCUGGGGAGGUUCCCUCGCUGCUGGUUGUCUCAGAUCAACGUAUUUAUUUCCUGGAAAUGACAUCAGAUUUGCACAGAGGCCAGCUCACCAAUUGGCUGCAGAAAAGGGACAGCUACCCAAUCAUGGAGCUGAGCUACCUGGAGGUGGGGCUGGGCUCUCAGAGCAUCCACAUGGAGUUUGAAGAUGUGGGCGUGGCCUACACGCUGCUCGUGAGGGACAGCGUGCGGUGCAAACGCUUCUUUGGCCGUUUAACAGGAAUUGUGCGUGAGAUGGCUCACAAAUCAGAGAGCAAGCUGAAGUCGAUCUCCACCACAAGGCUCACCCCUGAGCACCAUCUCUGGCCUUUAGUGUGCGAAGACAUCCAGGCAGAUGUGGAGGACGGACAGCUGCAGUUCUUCUAUGUUCUGGCUUUUGUCCUACAAGAGUUUGCUUCCGUUCUGGAUGUCUAUCAGUUAUCACUAGAUAAAUCACUUUCAUCUCUUUAUUUUCAGUACAGCCACUUGCUUCCAGACAGAUAAGAUUUCAAGGCACAGGAUGUACUUAUGUCCUCACUGAUGACAUUAUUAUGUACACCUUGCUAGUACCUAGUUAGACCCUCCUUUAUCUUCAGGGCUGCUUUAACUCAUCAUGGCAUAGAUUCAACAAGCUGGAAAAUUCCUCAGAGAUUUUGGCCCAUAUUGACAUGAUAGCUUUACACAGUUGCUGCCAACACAUCCAAAAGGUGCUCGAUCAUAUUGAGAUCUGGUGACUGUGACCAUUUGAGUAGAGCGAAUUCAUUGUCAUGUUAAAGAAACCAGUUUGAGGUCAUUUGUGCUUUUUGACAUGGUGUGUUAUCCUGCUGGAAGCAGCCAUUAUGUGGUCAUAAAGGGAUGGACAUGGUCAGCAACAAUACUCAGGGAGGGUAAGGUGUUUUAACAAUCUUCAUUUGGUACUAGGUGGUCAAAGUGUACCAAGAAAAUAUCCUCCACACCAUCACACCACCACGAGCCUGAAUAGUCGAUACGAGGCAGGAUGAAUCCGUGCAUGCUUACUCCAAAUUCUGACCCUACCAUUUCAGUAUUGCUGUAGAAAUCGAGACUCAUCAAACCAGGCAACAUUUUUCCAGUCUUGAAUUGACCAAUUUUGGUGAGUCUGCGAAUUGUUGCCUCAGUUUGCUGUUCUAGCUGAUGGCAGGAGACCACACCCAUUAUGGUCUUCUGCUGUGCUCUAGCCCAUCUGCUUCAAGAUAUGCUCUUCUACAUACCUUGGUUGUAACAAGUAGUAGUUAUUCCAGUUACUAUUGCCUUCCUAGCAGCUUGAAACAGUUUGGCUAUUCUCCUCUGGCAUUAACAAGGCACUUUCACCCACAGAACUGCUGCUCACUAGACAUUUUCUCUUUUUCAGACCAUUCUCUGUAAACCUUAGACACGGUUAUAUGGGAAAAUCCCAGCAGAGCAGAAGUUUCUGAAAUACUCAGACCAGACCGUCUGGCACCAAGAACCAAGACACGUUCAAAGUCACUUAAAUCACCUUUUUCACCAUUCUGCUGAAAAAGGCGAUCUGACAGUUCUGCUCAGUUUGAACUGCAGCGGUCGUCUUGACCAUGUCUUCAUGGUUAAAUGCUCUCAGUUGCUGCCAUGUGAUUGGCUGAUUAGAUGUUUGUGUUAAUGAGGAGUUGAACAGGUUUAUCUAAUAAAGUGGCUGGUGAGUGUAUCUCUUUAUGUUAGUGUUGUUUGUCGUGAGGUUUUUGUAUUGAGGUAAUUUAGUUUACAAGCUGGAGAAAAAGCUAAAUCCUAACUGUUGGUUUUAGCCAGAAGUAAGGAAUCUUGGCCCAAUUAAAUCCCUGACGCUACUUCUGCACCCCCAGAAUUACUGCAGGAAUAAAUGCCAGGAUAAUGUGCUAAAGGGGAGAAUUACAAAUGAAAUGGCAACAAGGUUUUAUUUCCUUGAAGAUAAAAGUAGAUUAUAGCAGGAAGAGGGACCCCCCCUCCCAAAAAAAACUGGAUGCAAUUUGUGGGGAGUAGCUGACGUGAGAUGCCUAUCGACAAUCAAACUUGUGCCAUUAAAUGAGGCAGACAUCUUUUGUUUUUACUCAGCGAUGGCAGGUGACUGCUUUGGCGUGAGUUUGGUAGAUACUGGCGCUGCAGGACGCCUAACUGGCUCUGCUAAAGCAGGCACAUUUAAAGCAGGGGUAGCUGCAGGCUGCACAGAGCUGUGUAGGUCUCUGGAAUUUCAAGUACUAUAAUUUUAACAUGUCUGGAUCUGACUUCUCUCUCAGUUUUUUUUUCUUCCUCCACGUGUCCCACAGAAGAUGCAGCUUUCUGGCAUGAAAUGUAACACCAUAACUUUUCUUUGUAGAUCAAAAGUACUUUGUAAAGCUUUUAACAUCAGUGACCUCUAAAGGCAGCUUAUAUGACAAGAUCAGAGGUUAAAAUCUCAAAGCUCAAAACAGUAAAGUUUAAAUGUGUUGCUCUUGCUCGAGGGAGAAAAUGCUGCAGUUCUUUAUAGAAUGACCUGAGAUGACUUAAGAUAUGAUUUAGCUCUGUGUGAAUAUGUUAUAAUGGCACUUUUGGAGUUAUUUAAAUAACGUGAAACUUU